AUGGGAUCUUACAAAUGGUGGCUUUUAGCCUAUCAGCUAUCUUCAUCAAUAUUUGACUUCUCAUUCAACGUGAUUGUGAUGCCUGUGAUAUUUUUUCCCAUUCCAAUGGGCUAUGCUGACUCCGCUUUUGCAAAUUGGGUAACGUUAAGCGCAGACGCAGCUCUUUUCAUAUUUGCGAUUAGCUUCGUGUUUAUUGCCGUCUCUACUCUCAAUCUAUUCAUCUACCGCUGCCACGCGAUCAUUCCCCAAGGCUACUUUUUGAAGACGGAUACAAGAGGGCUUGUUAUCAAUGGUGUUGUUCUUUUCUUGAUUUACUUUGUUCCCGUCAUUGCUACCUUGGCAAACAUCUCUCCUGAUCAGGAUGAAGCUAAGAAGUGGGCCCUCAAAGUGAGGCUUGUUAUCAAUGGUGUUGUUCUUUUCUUGGUUUACUUUGUUCCCGUCAUUGCUACCUUGGCAAACAUCUCUCCUGAUCAGGAGGAAGCUAAGAAGUGGGCCCUCAAAGAAUACUCUUGUGCCCGAUCUGCGAUAGAUGCUCCACGACUUCAUAUUUACACCUUAGAUAAAAUCUACAAUGCAAUUUACGCGGUCACAGUUCUCGCUUCCUUUUCGGGUUUUGUUGGUUCGAUGACGAUAGCACUGUCAUUCUACUUUCUGGCCAAAGCUUCUGCUAUGUCGCAAAAGACAAAACGUAUGCAGAAACGAUUUCUCAUAGCCCUCUGCAUUCAGAUUCUUAUUCCCUUAUUCACUCUCCUGAUACCUAUCACGAUCAUGUUAUGGGGACGCUAUUUUCGAGGUACGACUUAUUUCUGGAAUAUUCAUGGCGUCAUAAAGUUUUGGAAUACCCAAAAUAUGUACAGCAAUCGCGGUGCAGAAUAUUCGUUAGAAAGUGAAUCAAAUAUGCAUUCUAAUUUGAAACAAAUCAUAGUACCUUAUGGAAUAGAUACCAUACUAACCUCUACAAAAUCAUCAUCGUCAAUUGAGAUAGAUUCAAUGUAAGC